CGCGGCUUUGAACGGCUUACUCCGGCAGCCAACUAAAAUGGCGCUGUUGAAGGCAAUGAAGGCAUUCAAGGUUUGACGCGUGAAAAAUGAAAAAUGGGAGCAAAUGGAUCAUUGUUGGAGAAGGAGAUAGGUCACGAUCAGUUUCCGUCAAAUGAGCACUACUUCGGUCUUGUAAAUUUUGGCAACACCUGCUAUUGCAACUCGGUGCUCCAAGCACUCUACUUUUGCAAGCCGUUUCGGGAGAAAGUGCUGGAGUACAAGGCACGCAACAAGCGGACAAAAGAGACGCUGCUCACGUGCCUGGCCGACUUGUUCCACAGCAUCGCCAACCAGAAGAAGAAGACGGGCACCAUUGCACCCAAGAAAUUCAUCGCACGGCUGCGCAAGGAGAACGAGCUCUUCGACAACUACAUGCAGCAGGAUGCGCACGAGUUUCUCAACUACCUGCUGAACACCAUCGCCGACAUCCUGCAAGCCGAGAAGCAGCAACAACAGAACUCGCAGGCCAACGCUAAGGGCAACAAGUGCUCCAGCAGCGGAGACGCGGCUCACAACGCAGUGGGAGGCCCCAUGGCCUCGGCCGGCACCACGGCACAGGGCGUGCAGAACCAGGUGGGGAGCGCCGCGCAACCUCCCAAGCCAGAGCCCACGUGGGUGCACGACAUCUUCCAAGGAACCCUCACGAAUGAGACUCGGUGCCUCAACUGUGAAACGGUUAGCAGCAAAGACGAGGAUUUCUUGGACCUUUCAGUGGAUGUGAGCCAAAACACUUCCAUAACCCAUUGCCUAAGAGGGUUCAGCAACACUGAAACGCUCUGCAGUGAACACAAAUACUACUGUGAAAAUUGCUGCAGUAAGCAAGAGGCACAAAAGAGGAUGAGGGUAAAGAAGCUACCCAUGAUCCUAGCAUUACACCUGAAACGAUUCAAGUACACGGAGCAGCAAAAUAGGCACACCAAACUUUCUUACAGGGUGGUCUUCCCCCUUGAACUAAGGUUAUUCAAUACAUCCGAUGAUGCCUACAACCCUGACCGGAUGUACGACCUUGUGGCAGUAGUCAUCCACUGUGGAAGUGGCCCCAACAGGGGACACUACAUCUCCAUAGUGAAAAGCCACGGCCUCUGGCUCCUCUUUGAUGAUGACAUUGUUGAUAAAAUUGAUGCAUCAGCAAUUGAGGACUUCUACGGUCUCACGUCGGACACGCCAAAGACAUCAGAGUCGGGCUACAUUCUCUUUUACCAGUCAAGGGAGUGACGUCUGCGCAGGCAUGGAGCAAGGGGAAAAGGGGUAUGAGGUUCCCCACUGUGCGCACUGUGCCUCAUGCCAGAGUAGUGACAACUUUUGUCUUCUCGCUCCCCGGCCACCACUGACCAAGGUGUGUGCAAUAGAGGCAGGCCGGGAGCAGAGGUGGCGGCCAUCUUCUUUUAUCUGUUGUCUCCACAUCACACGGAAAGCAUCAAAACUCUGGACGAAAGAUCUGCAUGACAGCACAGCGGCGCAAGACUUGUUGCAUUUUGUAAAGGAAAAGAUUGGCGGAGUUCUGCAGCGGAGGCACGACGAGACACGGCAUCUCGGGCGGGUAGUUUAUUUGCGGCUGUAAAGGAAAUUUUGUCAGAACAAAUGGUGUGUAAAUAAUAAAGUUUUUUUUUUACAGCCGCAUGACAGAAAAGAGGCUAUCAACAGCGAAGCAGACUCCCGGUUUUAACUCUGCUGAAGUUUUUUCUCUGCUUGUGACAGCAGACAACUCUGAUUUUGUGACCUGGGUCAUAGCAUCUAAGGUGACGAAUCAUGCCGAGAUUCCAGAGUGCUGGAGCUGCCUCGCUGUUGCGUAGUGGUUUGUAGAGAUAUAGUGUUCUAGGUUUUCUGGGGGAUACAGGGGCUGUGUACAGAUUAAUUUAUGGUCACUAGGAUUUUAUUGAGAUGAUGGAAAGUUCUAGCUUCGGGGGCUUUUGGGAACAACUGGACAAGUGUCACCUUCUACAGUGAAUAGGCAAUACGAAGCGUAUUACGAGAGUAUUCGAAGCGCGAAGGCGUUAUCUUCUUUUGUUAUUGUUGUUGUUAUUGUUGUCAUUCUCAGUUCUUAACGUUGGUUCUUAAAUAAUUCAUUAGUCAUGUGACUCAGAAGUAAGGAAAGAGUGAGAAAUCCUUGCUCUUUUGCAUUUUGGGUGAAUAUUUUUCGAUAACGGCUUUUUUCUUUUGUUAGUGGGAUCAUUAAAAAAGAUAAGUGAAUUGCAAAGUUAGUCAAGAAAGGAAGGAAUCAAGAGUGCCCAUCAAAACAGAAUUGUACAAAGGACACCAGGCAUAGUGUGUGGUGAGAAUGUGUUUCUGUUUGUAGCAUUAUGCAGCACAUGUAAAAAGUGUAAGAAGAGUAAGAGCCUCAUUCACCGUGUAUAAUAUUGUACAGUUGCAUUGCCUCUUAUUAAAGCUUUGGAUGCACUUGUG